GGAGCAGAACACCCCAGAGUGAACUAUGCUGGACACGAAACAUCCUAUGACCGUGUCUGUCUGUGAGUCGUACUUCCGCUUUUCUUUCGGCGACGCAAGGCAAAGCAGAGCAAGUCAAUGAAAAAAGAAAAAUGCCGAAAUACUAUUGUGAUUACUGUGACACAUACCUCACACAUGACUCGCCAUCAGUAAGAAAGACACAUUGUAAUGGCAGAAAACACAAAGAAAAUGUCAGAUUGUAUUAUCAAAAGUGGCUAGAAGAACAAGUCCAAAAACUAGUUGAUGACACUACUGCAGCCUUUAAAGCAGGAAAAAUUGCAUCCAAUCCUUUCCAGUCCAAUGCUCCUGGUGGAGCCAUGAUACCACCUCCAGCAGCUGGUAAGCCUGGAGGACCGCCCCAGGGCCCCAUGCCAAUGGGUGGACCAAUGCCCGGUGGACCAAUGCCUCUGAUGGGACCACCAGGUGGACCGAUGGGUAUGAUGCCAGUUGGAAUGAGACCGCCUAUGGGACCAAUGAUGGGUCCUAUGGGUCCAAUGGGUCCUAUGAUGAGAGGACCAAUGAUGGGGCAACCAAGAAAACCUAUGAAAUGAUAGUGAAGAGGUCUUGUCACUUUAUGUUUGAAUGUGUGAAUGUGUAAAUAGUACAGCAGCAUCAGAAGGGAGGCAGGAAUGAAAUGGUGGUCUGAAACAUGCUAUGUUCAUUAUUUCCAUCUCAGGAAUAUUUCAGCAAGACACUGAUUGAAGACAGCCAAUUGUUUAUAAUUGUGUUGAAGGAGGAUAUGUUAAUAUAUUUUUACUGUGGGAGCAUUUGUGUCAUUCUCAACCAUUGCUUGCAUUUGUUCAUGUUUUUAUUCAUCAUCUCUCACCUGACUGAGUUUCGUCACUCCCGUUUUCCAGCUGUUCAUAGAUACUUAUGUUUAUUCAACACCCAUUACCAGUAACACUCUUUGAGGAGUCAUUGCAAUGAAAUAAAAAAAGGCAAGAAACUAAAAUGUGUUCUGGACAUGAUGACUUCUUGUGCCACAUGAUCAUUUGAAAUGUGUGAUCCUUUCAUUCAGAAUUAAACCUUGUGUAGUUCUUCAUUCCAAAGCAGUCUUAAAUUCUGGGGUCUAUUUUCACAAAGCUAAGCUAAACCAUAUUUUUUAUAUUAAAUGAAGAUACAGAGUUAAUAAGUCUUAAAAACCACAGAGUUUGCUAAAUUAGUCUUGCUUUUUGUUAUGGAAAUAAAUGUUUAAAAAUAAA